CGCGGGAAGGCGAAGGAUGUAAGUGCUCGUUAGAGGAGCGAUGAAGAUGCUCGUGCGACGAGCGGUGAAGGUGUUCUGUCGAUGCGCGGUGCGAAGGCGGCCUGUCCGCGGUCGGGAACGCAAACGUUAGAUCCGGCGACGCCGAAGCUGCGUGCGCUGCGGGAGGACGGGGGAUCUCUGACGCUGGACGGGGCUUGGGGGAAGUGAGCGCGAACUGAGGCGCUGGUUCACCGGUUUCAGGUGAGGUUGGCUCGGGAAUCGUCUCGAGCUCGGUGGGAGGAGGGAUCAAGAUGGUAGUGGCCGGGACCGUGGGUUCGGGCGUAGGGUCGGGGGACGAGUGGUCUGGGGUGCCGCCGCAGGGGUUGGUAAAGAGUAUCUCGCUUGGCGACUCGACGAGCGUGCGGCCGGAGAGGGAUUGGGAGAGGCCGGGGUGGCAGUCGCUGGCGUCUUGCGGGCCGGUGAAGGUGAGGUGGAUGGAGGACGCGAGGAUGGGGGAGGUGGCGGUGGCCUUGUUGUCCUUGGUGGAUUUGACGGGUGUCUUGUCGGUGUCGGUUUCUGCCUCCUUCGCGCGUGCGCGGAGGCGCUUGAGGGUGUCCUCCCUGUUGGACGUUGUUAGUACUGGGAAGAUAUUGACAGACGGGAGGCAAAGAAGGCUCCUCCAUUACAGCAAUACAAGAAGCGGCUGUCCUGUGACGCGCGAGCCUCGACCUCCUCGCGCGCGCCUCACACUACGAGAGUAUAUAACUCCCAGCCCUAGCUGCAUUACAGGGAGUGCAUGAUGACUAUGGUUCCGAGGGCAUACGGACCUCAUCCCAGGCGUCAUGCGCUGGCGGUCACCGGCGCAAGCACCGAUCGGCCACCAAACCCUUCCCCCGCGCCCACCUCGUAACCCGCGUACAGAUAUAGCAC